GGACAUGCCGCGAUUCAACUCAGCCCUCCUUUGGACACGCGGUGCAGAUUGUGGACCUCGCUGCAAAUCCAACCAUGGCCAAGGACAUGACUCUGUACUGGGGCGCCGGCUCUCCUCCGUGCUGGAGGGUGAUGAUCGCCCUGGAGGAGAAAGAUCUCCGCGGCUACAACAGCCACCAACUCUCAUUUGAGAAGAUGGAGCACAAGUCGAAGAGGGUGCUCGAUAUUAACCCCAGGGGCCAACUCCCGACCUUCCAUGAUGGGCAACUUGUCAUCAAUGAGUCAUGUGCUGUCUGCAUCUAUCUGGAGAGUAACUUCAAGAAGCAAGGAAACGAGCUGAUCCCAACAUGCCCCAACGAACAGGCCUUGAUGUACCAGCGCGUGUUCGAGGCCGUCCCACUUGGCCAGAAGCUCGGUGAUGUCAUCUAUUACGAAUGGAAGUUUCCAGAAGGGGAGAGGCACGAGUCUGCAAAGGAGAGGAACAAAAAUGCUGUGGCGCUCGAGCUCAGCCUGUGGGAGAGGUACUUGAAGCAGACGGGACCUUUCCUGGCAGGAAAGACCUUUUCCUUGGCUGAUGUUGUCGUUUUUCCAAACAUCGCCUAUGCCUUCUACUAUGGGUUGUGUCCUGAGCGUUUCCCUAAACUGGCUCAAUAUUACAAUUUGCUGAAGGAGCGGCCCAGCAUCAAAAAAACAUGGCCUCCAAACUGGGAAGUCAAAAAAGAUCUGCUCAAAGAGCUCCCAAAAACAAGUUAGGUUUUGGGUUUUUUUUUCUACAGAGCAGCGAUCACAUAAAUAAGAGCACUCUUCACAUUGCAUGUCAAAUGUCAUCUUGUACUUUAAAACGUGUGACUCCAAACAUCGCCUAUGCCUUCUACUAUGGGUUGUGUCCUGAGCGUUUCCCUAAACUGGCUCAAUAUUACAAUUUGCUGAAGGAGCGGCCCAGCAUCAAAAAAACAUGGCCUUCAAACUGGGAUGUCAAAAAAGAUCUGCUCAAAGAGCUC